AUGUCUGAUCCACCGAGUCCCGCGCGUGUGCCAAAGGGGCAGCCAAACCCGGUGCUUGUCGGGCCAGGACUGCAAGCCUUGAAACAUAAUUCCUACUCCCAAGCUAGCGCUGCUACUCCCAGCUUGGAUGCCGAUAAAGUGCAUCCAGUUGACAACAAUGCGCCGUCAUACUUCGCCAACAUCCCGGGGACGAACACCGAGUCAUUGGACACUUCGAAGUCGGCCUCGGCAGGGACCGCGCCUCUGAGAAAAUCAUCAGCAGGGGAAGACCUGCUGCGUCGGCUGAGCCUGACUGGGCAUUCGUCGCCCAUGUCACCUGAGAUCGACCCCCGUACCGAACAUCCUGGAUUGCGACUGAGUGGUCGGUUGAUCAGUGCCGCCUUUUGCAUCCCUUACAAACUUCACUAUCAACCGGGAUCAGACUGGACUCUCAAACCACGAUCAGGCACUUCCGCCCUCUUUGACUCAUUCGCCCACUUAGCAUCCGAUAACACCCAUUGGUCACACACCCUAGUGGGAUGGACAGGUGAAGUUGAGCCGAUUCUGGAUAGCAAAGCCCCUCUCCAACAAGCGGCUGCGCCUGUUCCCGUCAAUAAGGGACAACAACCGCCUUCGAAUCCGUUGGUGGACGGGAUCUCUGUUGGACGAGAUGACCGAGAGAGGCUUGAUAGCCAACUGAGAACCGGCCGAUAUGGUAAAAUCUUGCCCGUUUGGCUGUCAGACGCACAAGAGGAGCCCCAGGACGCAGUUCUGCUCAAAGAUCAAGGGCGAUGGCGGCGAUAUGCCGAGAGGGAGUUAUACCCUCUUUUGCAUUACAAGCAGCAUGGACCAACAGACGGCCGCUCUGAGCGGCGCUGGUGGGCUGACUACACUCGCUUGAACCAGUUGUUCGCAGAUCGCAUUGCGGCGGAAUACCAAGAGGGCGACGUCGUGUGGAUCCAUGACUACCACCUAUUCCUCCUCCCUAGCCUACUACGCCAGCGCGUCCCUAACAUCUACAUCGGUUUCUUUCUCCAUUCCCCCUUCCCCAGCAGCGAGUUCGUGCGGUGUCUUGCCAAGCGCAAGGAAGUUCUGACCGGGGUUCUUGGCGCCAAUAUGCUCGGCUUUCAAACAUUUUCCUACUCACGACACUUUUCCUCAUGUUGCACACGGGUAUUGGGCUUCGAUUCUAAUUCGGCUGGAGUCGACGCAUACGGCGCUCACGUCGCCGUGGAUGUCUUCCCCAUUGGAAUUGAUGCACGCUCCAUUCAAAGGGCCGCAUUUGGGGCCCCGGAUAUCGAAAAGGCAGUGGUGGGCAUUCGCAAACUAUAUGAUGGGAAGAAAAUCAUUGUUGGGCGUGAUCGACUGGACAGCAUCCGAGGUGUGACACAAAAGUUACAAGCAUUCGAAGUGUUCCUGGAGCGUUAUCCAGAAUGGAGAGACAAAGUUGUCCUCAUCCAAGUCACUAGUCCGACAAGUGUCGAGGAAGAGAAGGAGGAUCCCGAGAACAAGAUUGCUGGCCAAAUCUCUAACCUUGUGUCCACGAUCAACGGUCGCUUCGGCUCAUUGAGUUUCUCGCCCGUUCAAUACUACCCACAGUACCUGUCACCGCGAGAAUACUUCGCUCUCUUGCGAGUCGCUGAUGUGGGUCUCAUCACCACAGUUCGAGACGGCAUGAACACCACUAGUCUUGAGUACAUCGUUUGCCAGCAAAACAACCACAGCCCCCUCAUCCUCUCGGAAUUCUCUGGCACCGCGGGAACAUUACCCAGUGCCAUCCACAUCAACCCGUGGGACUUGGUUGGUGUCGCAAAUGCCGUCGACAAAGCCCUCAAUAUGCCCGCCGAGCAACGCAAGGAGCAGCAUCUCAAGCUAUACAAGCAUGUCCUCACCAACACAGUUGCUACUUGGUCAAGACACUUCCUUGAUCGUCUCUUGACGAACCUAUCAUCUUUCGACCAAUCAGUCGCGACGCCCGCGCUUGAUCGUGCCAAGGUUGUCAAGCAAUACCGCAAGGCUCGCAAACGACUCUUCAUGUUCGACUACGAUGGCACCUUGACUCCUAUUGUCAAGGACCCACAGGCGGCGAUUCCAUCUGACCGGGUUCUGCGUACGCUCAAGACUCUCGCGGCCGACCCUCGAAAUGCGGUCUGGAUCAUUAGUGGGCGAGACCAGGCGUUCUUGGAUGAAUGGAUGGGACACAUCCCCGAAUUGGGUCUCAGCGCAGAGCACGGUUGUUUCAUUAGGCAGCCCCGCUCCGAUGACUGGGAGAAUUUGGCGGAACGAACAGACAUGGCCUGGCAGAAGGAAGUCAUCGAAGUUUUCCAGCACUUUACCGAGCGAACCCAAGGAUCAUUUAUCGAGCGGAAACGAGUGGCACUGACUUGGCACUACCGUCGAGCUGAUCCGGAGUACGGGGCGUUCCAGGCCCGUGAGUGUCGGAAGGCGCUCGAAGAUACCGUUGCCAAACGAUGGGCUGUGGAGGUGAUGGCAGGCAAGGCCAAUUUGGAAGUGAGACCAACUUUCGUCAAUAAGGGAUUUAUCGCUACACGCCUGGUGAACGAGUAUGGUACAGAGCCCGGGAAGGCGCCUGAAUUCAUUUUGUGCUCAGGUGAUGAUUUCACCGACGAAGAUAUGUUUCGUGCUCUCAAGCAAUUCGACCUUCCCCGGGAGCAUGUGUAUUCGGUGACGGUCGGUGCUAGCUCGAAGCAAACAAACGCUAGCUGGCAUUUGCUCGAGCCUGCGGACGUGAUCGGUACUCUGCAACUACUGAACAGCAGCUCGAACCAAGAAAAAUGA